GGGUUUAGAGAAAAAAAAGAAGAAAAAUAUGUUUUUGGGUUUAAUUUCGUUAUUUUGGAUUUGGUCCCUUUCUGUAAUUUUAUUUUUGGAUUUGGUCCUCUAAGUGGAUGACUAGACAUCAUUAUUGACACAUCAUCCUCAUUUUCCACGUCACACAUUGUCACAUCAUGUCAUCAUUUUUGUAACUACACAUAACGUUAGGGACUAAAACCAAAUAAAUUUGCACAUUUAGGGACUAUUUUUAAACAAAAAAAGAUACAUGGAAGAAAACAAAUAAUUUGCAAACUUACAUGGACCAAUUGAUGAUUUAAGCCUUUUUCUUUUAUAUAAUGAACGAGUACUCCAGCUGAAAGUAGUUGUUCAUUAACCUUAAUAUCUUGUGUUUAUCAUUGAAUUGAAUCUCAUUGCAUCAAACAAACAUUACCUUUUGUCCUUUGAACCAUUCCUCCUAUAUUACCCCCUCAGUUUAAUCCCAGCCAAAUUCAAUAAUGGAUGUAGUUGUUCUCAGCGAAACCAUUGGUGAAAUCCUUAAACAUAUAGAUUCCCUUAAAACAAGCAGCAGCUCAGAUUCCCUUAAAACAACCAGCAGCUCAGGCAUUGGGUUGUUAAAAGGUUACAUCAACCAGGUCAAAGUUUCUCUUGAAUCAAUCCAAUCCACAGUGAAGAUCCUAGACGUCGACGUCAUAGAUAAGGAGGAUGAUAAGGUCUGCCUACGGAACCUUAAGAAUGCAGUCAACGAUCUGAGUGAUUUGGUGGAGGAUCUCUACACGGAUCCUAAUUUGCCUAAACAAAGCUCACACUCUUUCUUUAGAUCCAAUUCUGUUAAGGAUCGCUACAAAGACGUCCAAUCACAGAUUCAGGAUAUAGUGAACCUCCAAGAAAGUAUAGCUAAAUUGCCCAAACAGGCGUCUGUAAAGGCAUGGGAGGAUAUAAAGUUGAACCAAACUGAAAUUGGUAGAGAAAAGGAAAAGAAAGAAAUUAUAGAUCAACUUGUGUCGCUCCAAACCAAAAGAAAAACAGAAACAACACCAGAGGAAAGCCAUGUUGUUAUUAUUCCUGUGGUUACCAUUGUUGAGUUCGAAGUAGUUGAGAAUGAAGAACUCGUCCAUCUCAUUUGCAACGACGAGAAAGUCAAAGCUCGCUUCGGCUCACAAAUUUUUGUUGAUGGCGAAAUUCCGCAGACAGAUGUCAUCAACAACGACCUUACAAACUGCAAAGACUACCUUGUUGUGGUGAAAAAUUUAAAAACUGAGAAUGGUGAAGAUGUUCUGGAAAAGUUGAUGACAAAGCUGCAGGAGAGAACCAUAGACGGUGUCAAGCGUGCAAUACUCAUAACCACACGCAGUAAACUCAUGGCCAACAAUAUUACUACUACCACACGUAGAAAUACUGGUAUAUAUGCUAGUUUUGCCUCGUUUAAGCCACAUGUUCUCCGGGGGCUAAACGAAAAUGAAUCUUGGUCACUGUUUAAGAGCAUUCGUGGUGGUGAUGUCGAGGAGAAUGGAAUGGAAAGAAAAAUUGUGAUGGAUUGUGGCGGAGUUCCUUUUUGGAUAAAAUUCACUGCAGAGUUUAUGAAAAAACCUAGUGGUGCUGCCACAACUGAAGAUGUUUUGAAGAAGGAGUUUCUAAAAGAGCUUAAGUUAUACUACAACAAAUUUCCAGCGCUUCAGAAGAUGUGUUUUGCAUUUUGUUCAUUGUUUCCUCGCAAUCAUUUGAUUGAUGUUGAAAGAUUAAUGCAUCUCUGGAGAGCAGAAGGAUUUGUCAUGGAUGUAGAUGUACCAACCGCAGAAGCAAAGUUACGUGGAUGUUUCAACGACUUGGUUGAGAAGCCAAUUUUCAAAGACAUGGAAGAAGACGAGGGUGGUAUUGUGACAAGAUGUAGAAUGCAACCUUUAAUGCAUGAUCUAGCACGGUUUGUAUCUGAUCAAGAAGAGAACAUUACGGUGGACCCAGAAGGGGAAAGAGUUCAUGAAGGAGUCCUACGAGCAUCAUUUGAUUUCAGUUUGGACGUUUCACGUGGAAUUCCACCUUCUUUGUUUUCAAAAGCAGAGAAUCUCAGGGCUAUUCUCUUGUGGAAGACACAAACAUUGCUUCCUAAGGAGGGAGAAACGAGCACUUCCACUUGUGAUCUAAUCUUCAAAACCUUCAAGACCACUCUCCGAAUGUUGGAUCUCCAUGACAUGGGAAUUAAGACAAUUCCUAACUCUAUUGGGGAAAUGAAUAAUUUGAGGUAUCUUAACCUUUCCUUUAAUACCAUGGAGAAGCUACCUAGUGCCAUUACCAAACUUUCCAAUUUGCAAACUUUGAAACUAUCCCAGUGUUAUCUCCUCAAGGAAUUACCAAAGCAUAUUGACCAACUAACUAAACUCAAUCAUCUUGAGAUAGAUGGAUGUUUGGCUCUCACUCACAUGCCUAGCAAAAUACGAAAGUUGGGAGAAUCUCUUCAGACAUUGUCACUAUUUGUGGUUAGUAAGGACGACUUGGGUGGCCUUGACGACCUUAAAAUUCUCAACAACUUAAGAGGCCACUUGGAAAUUUCUCAUCUUGAAACACCCAGUUUGAAGCUUUCACGGAAGGAUACUUAUCUCAAUGAGAAAAAACACCUUAAACAUCUAACGUUGAGAUGGGAUCACAAGGAUGUCCUGAAGGAGAAGAAGGGAGAUAAUAGUACUCCAUAUGAGACCACACUUGACCGUCUUGAGCCUCCCACUGAACUGACAACAUUUUUCCUUAUAGGGUAUAAAGGUAAAACUCUUUCAGAUUGGUUUUCUUCAUUAAAGUGCCUUGUUAAGUUAACCUUGUAUGACUGCACCAAUUGCACAUCUCUUCCGCAACUUGAUCAACUUGCAAAGCUUAGAUUUCUAGAACUUCUAAGGUUGGACAAUCUGAAAUGCAUUUCUAAAAAUACCAUUGCAGAUGAAAAAAAAGCUACAAUAUACUUUCCAUCUCUAGUGGAACUCACAAUCUCAGAUUGCCCUAAUCUUACGAGUUGGUGGACAGAGCAUGAAGAGGCCAAAAAUUUACCCUAUUUGGCUUGCCUUUCAAAGUUACAUGUAAGUUACUGCCCUAAACUAAUUUGCAUGCCCCUUUUUCCUGAUCUUGAUGAAGAGCUAGUUCUCGUGGGUUCAAGCAUGAAACCGCUACAUGAUACAAUAGAACCAGCAACUGAUACGAUAACACAAGGAACUAUAAGAUGUGCUCCAUUUUCCAAACUCAAGUCCCUGAAAAUUUCGAAUGUUGAACAGAAGCCUCCUCAAGAUCCACAAAACGAGUGGAUCAAAUACUUCAAUUCUCUAGAGAAACUUGACAUUAAAGAGUGGAAACAUUCUCUUCCCAAUGGUUUUCGUCAUCUUACGUCACUCCAGAGUCUUAACAUUGAGAGUUGUCAAGAACUUGAUCUUGACCUGAUCUCAAGUACUCAUGAAUGGGAAGGUCUGAAAAACUUGUGUUCUCUUGCCAUAAGAGAAAUUCCAAAACUUGAGCAUCUUCCGUCGGGUGUUGUCAAGGUAACGUCUCUUAAAGAUCUUGAACUUCAUAAUUGUCAUGACAUGACUUCUUUAUCCGAAGAGAUAGACGGCCUUAAAUCACUUGAUAGAUUGGUGAUUUCUAAUUGCAACAAGUUGGCUUCGCUUCCGAAAGCAUUAGAAAAGAUGAAGCAUUUGAAAACUUUAAUCAUUUUGGACUGCACUUUGUUAUUGCCAAGGUGUCAGCCAGUUACCGGUGAUGAUUGGCCACAAAUUAAGCACAUAGAAAAUAAACAAGUCACUGAAACGAAUCGAGGACUUUGAGAAUCCCAGCCAAGAUAGGUUCGGUUCAUCUUGCUAGCUCCUGUUCUUGUCACAUAAAAAGGUUUGCUGGAGGAGAAGAUUAUGGAUCCAUGUAUGGAUUUUGACUGCCCGUGAUGACAAUACUAUAUUCCUAUUGUAAGAAGAAGAAGCAGCACUACUUCCUCUUGGAGAAACCAACCAUUUUUCAUAUAAGCAUCUACUAUUGUCUUUUUCUUUUUGUUUUUUUUCGGGCGCAUUUUAGAUUGUUUGUGGAAUUUGUUUAUCAACAAUGCUUGUUGGGACAUGUACCUUUUUGAUGGAUUAGAAUCGAAUAAAUUAGAUGUGUGAAACUUUUAUUGUUCAUAUAUAUGCGAGUGACUAAUAACUUAAUAGUAGUAAUUGUGUUUUACUCAAUUCAUUAAUUUUGAAUCUUGCUAUUGUUUAGUGUCUUGGAUAACAUAGAAA